GGCGGCAGUUGUAGACGACGGACAACGAGAAAGCAAGUGUAUGAAAAUUAAUUUGUGUACUUAAUACAUAAAUAAAUAUAAAUAAUUAAAUAAGUAAAGCUGUACAAUCAAAUCGACAAUUGUGCUAAUAGCUCAGUACAAGUGCACAGUGGACAACAACACAAAUUGAGUGCAUAAAAUAAAAGUCGAAUAUUGAUUGAAAGAAGAAAAACAAACAAAGCUCCAGUCGAACACACACGCUUACACAUCAAUGUCAAGUGGUGUGGCAAAGAGAGCUCGAACGUACAAAAUCCGGGGUCAAUAGCGCUACAGCUACGGCUGAUUAACGUCUAAUACUAAUACAAAUGUACAUACAUAUGUAUGUAUGUAUAUAAAGCAAUUUAUGAAAAACAAAUGAAACAAAAACAACCUCAGCAACAACAGCCAGUACUAACAAAAAAGGCGGAAUCUUGAACGCACAAAACGUGUUUUCCAGAAAACGGGCAAAACAAAUCAAAAAUAACACACACACACACAAAGAAAGAGAGACAACAACACGCAUAAGAAACCCCAAAAAACAAUAAUAAUUAAAAACAGCAGCAAAUAUAAAUCAAGUCUGGCCAGACCGAACAAACUUGCACUUGAACUUGCGCACUUAACACUCGGAAGCGCAUCGAGUCUCGUCUAUAAGCGCCCGACCGACCAACCGACCGACGGAUCGACUAACAAGGGAAGGGAAGGGGAAGGUCGUGUGGUUGUUGUGCUUGCUCUUGCCAAAUAUGAUCAACUGGCACACAACACAAACCUGAGCAAGCGUAAGCGUGACCAAGCCAGUCAGCCAAGUAACACAAUACCGUGAAAAGAUUGCAUGUUCUUGGCACACACGUCGUAUACGUAACAGAACCCCAACGCGCAACAUGGAACGCUCGCACAGCUGCAGCAACUUUGAGGCCAGUGGUGGGGCUGCUGAGCAGCCAAAGCCACAUGCCGGCAGCAGCGAUAAUCUUCCGCUUAGCAUCUCGUCCAGUUCAACGCAACACUUUCCGCCCAAUAAGCCGCUGCGCAGAAGAAAACUGCAACGCCAACAGUCUGCCGUCGAUGUCGAUGAUAUCGACAUGGAUAUGGAUUAUGCCGCUGAUCUAGAAGAAGAAGCAGAAGAUGCCAUUGUCAUGCCACGCUUGCCCAAACACUUCUAUGCGCCACAACAUCUGCAUUCCCAACAUCCAACGCUUCCAAAUGCCACAGCCCUGGCGCUGCAACGUCACAUAUCCUGCAGCAGCACCAGCAGCAGCAUUUACAGCAGCAGUAGCGCCCCAACCCGUCGUUGUUUGCGUCACGAGGAGUCCUUCGACUCGUGCAGCACGGCACCGGAAAUGAGUCCCUUGGCACAACGGCAGCAUCACUUUAGUAGUCUCCUGUUACGUGACAGCUCCGUGCAGUCGGACUCGAGUCGAUAUUCCAGCGUAGACAGUUUGCUGGAGUCCCGUAAACCCGAUCCUGAAGCUAUACUCAUUAAUCUGGGAUUCGGACCCAUCGGUUCCGAAGACAUAUUGUCGCGCAUACCCAAGCGCUUCCUAAAGCCCUCCCAAGUCCGUGGCAUUGAUACAGAGGCUUUUGUGAAAAGACUGCAGCUGGCUAGCUCAUUGGCCGAUUCCAGCGUUCUGGGAUAUCGCGGACUAACGGGCAAUCCAGAUAUGCCACCAUCCUCGAUUGUCGCGAAGAUAAUGGAACGUUUCGAGGUGAAUCAGCGGAAGAAGUCAAUGGAUUCUAUCGAGCAGACAAUGCGAUGAUAUAUUUAGUUACUUACCUGUUUAGUUCUAUGGCAGCAUAUUUGUAAAAUAUUGUGAUGUUUAGAUCUUGUCCAUAGCUUCUAGUUAUGCCACGUACUUAGCAAUUUUUUAUGUAAUCUAUCAAUUUUAUAUUUUAUUUUAAUUGUCAUAGACUUAAGCAAUCUUUAAGAGCAUUAAAAAUCCCCUUAAAUCAAUUAAUAUUAA